AGCCUUUGAAAGUCACACCUAAAUCAUGGAGUGACUCAUUCAAGCUGCAGAGUCAGUCUUUGUCGGUGUGGGCGGAGCUGUGGGCGUGCGAAGAGAAGUAAAGAAGAGGUACAGGUGCAUGCUAGAUCUAAAAUCUGUCUGGACUCUACAUCAGCAGCAGCUCACACACAAAUCUGCGUACUGACGGCAACACACAGCCAAGCACAAUGAGUGGAGAUGGGAAGACACAACCUCCUCCCUAUAUCAUACCGGAAGGGCAGAGUAAGGAUGAUGUGACGGUCUAUCACCUCCACACUCCAUUCACCCCUACACAUCUACCGGAGAGCGCCUCAAACGACACACCAGUGUACAGCGGCGGAGGAGGGAUGGGGAUUGACGAUGGCAAAAGGAGGUAUGUGAGCAUCGACGGGCGGCUGAGUCGUGACCCUGGCAUGACAACCUGCACCUCCUGCCAGCAGCAGGUCAUGACCAAUGUCACCUACAAAGCAGGGACAUAUGCCUGGCUGAUGUGCUUACUCUUCAUCUGCUGCGGGUUGUUCCUGUGCUGCUGCCUGAUUCCUUUCUUCCUUAAGAACUUCAAGGAUGCGUACCACACCUGCCCUCGCUGCAACAGAGUGCUGCACGUUGACAAGAAAAAGUGCUGCAAAAAAUGACAAACCUGACGGCACAAACAGACCCGUAGAAGUAAUAAAUAACAUCCUGUUACCUUUGUCUAAUCAGUUGCACCAUUUUUAUGGAACAGACAAAAGGUGCAGAACAAUGUUUUUCCUUUCUAUGGAUGAGCCAUUGCAUUGGCUGAAGCUAAAUCCAAAAUUAUUUUAUAAGCAAACGGACUGGGAGUCAUUGUGAUGUCAUAGCUUACAUAUCACGUGCACACUUUUUAAAGUUCUGGCUAGUGUAAUUAGCCUUAUUUUUAGUUUAAUGUCUUAAUGUACAACUUUGACAGUUAAAGAUCAAAUACAAACAAAUCACUUUUGUCAAUAGCAAUAACUAUCAGGAUGAGGAGUGCUUAUAUUGUGUUAGUUGAAUGUCUACCCUAUGAUAUGAUUAUGAACACUGUAUAUCUGUGCAUUACUUUUAUAUUGAACUUUAAUAUGUUCAUAGAUUUUCCUCUCAUACUAUAUUUAGUUUUUGGGCACAUGGAACAGCAAUUUCUUUCUAAAAUAGAAGGAGACAAUAGUCCCAUGUAAACAAUUACUAAAUGUAUUGUGUUUAGUCAAACAGUUUGACCAAUUAAAAAAAGUAUUUAGAUACGUGGUCCGGCACAGAUGGGUUAAGCAGACCCCGAUGCACUUUUUGGGAGCCGUUUUGUUUGUCCCAUUCCAGCAGGUAAAAAACAAUAUAUAAUCCUUUUCAGAAACUUCUGCUUACGAUGUGUUGUUUAAAUGAAGGGCUUGUAAAUAAACUCUUGUACCUUUUCUGUACUUGGGAGAAGCAAUAGACACAUUUCGACAGAUGUGGGCAAUAAAGUCAAUCUAUCUAUCAAA